GGGACCAGUUGGGAUAAUUGGCAAGGGGGACCAGUCGAGAGGAUCCCGAAAUAUCAGAUCAAUUUAAAACAGUUGUUGUUGAUGCAAUUAAGUAAGAGAUAAUCACAAAAAAAAAAUUUUUUUUCUUAUCAUUAUAUUGAAUAUUUCAAAGAUCAUUAUGUCAAACAUUUCCACGUAAACAUACUGUAUUAAUGACAUUUCUUUCAAAUAUGUUACGUGAAGAAGGUGAUUAUGAAUAUAAAAAGGCAAUUGUUAAUACAAUUAUUUCAAUUGUUGAAGAAAAUCCUGAAGCAAAAGAAGCAGAUUGUGAACAUACAUCAUUAGCUACUCGUAUUAUUCAUUUAUUGGGUCGUGAAGAAUCACGUACAACAACACCAGCAAAAUAUAUUCGUUAUAUUUAUAAUCGUGUUAUUCUUGAAAAUGCACCUGUUCGAGCUGCUGCUGUAAGUGCAUUAGCUAAAUUUGGUGCAGCUUCAGAAGAUUUAUUACCAAAUAUUUUGGUACUUUUACAACGAACAACACUCGAUCAAGAUGAUGAAGUUCGUGAUCAUGCUAUAAAGCCCUUAAUUCAGCUUAUAUUCUCAAUUGUAAGUAUAACUAAUUAA